GGUAAGACCACGCAUGUUGGUAUUGCGGCUCCUGCGUUGAGUGGACGGGGACAAGUCCUUGGGACACUGAACGUGUUCUAUACACAACGGAGAGGAUACACCUGAAUUGAACUCUGGAAACAAUACCGAAACCUACGGAAGUUUAUUAGGUUACACCAUUUCAGGAUACUUCAACAGUGCGCCAACCUACCUCGUGUAGCCUACUGCUGCUACCCAUCAGAUCUAGUUGCAAACGAUACCCUCUGCUGUGUGUAGGCAAUGGCGAGCCCAGGGGCAGAUCACGGCCCUAAGAAUCAAGACCACAACGAACACCACGAAUCGACCCCCGAGCCUGCAUUCCAAGAAGCCCAGAAAUGGAUAGAGGCAGUGACGGGAAGAAGCUUCGGAGACAAAGACUUCCGUGGAGGGCUAGAGAACGGCAUUCUGCUGUGCGAGUUGCUGAGCUCCAUCAAACCAGGGCUUGUGAAGAAGAUCAACAGACUUCCUACUCCUAUAGCUGGACUGGAUAACCUGACUCUGUUCCUCAGAGGCUGUGAGGAGUUGGGCCUGAAAGGAUCACAGCUGUUUGACCCUGGGGAUCUUCAGGACACCUCCAUACGUGCUAACUUAACUGGCUCUGACUGCAGCAGGAAGCUGAAGAAUGUGUUGAUUACCAUAUACUGGCUUGGGAAGGCAGCCAACGGCUGUACCACAUACAGUGGCCCCACGCUGGACCUCAAGGAGUUUGAAGGGCUGCUGUCUCACCUGAGAAAGGAGUGUGAGGACACAGAGAGCCCUAAGCGCAGUAUCCGUGACAGUGGUUACAUCGACUGCUGGGACUCGGAGCGCAGCGAGUCCCUGUCCCCUCCGCGGCACUGCCGAGACGACUCCUUUGACAGCCUGGACUCGUACGGCUCGCGCUCGCAGCAGACGCCCUCCCCAGACGUCGUCCUCCGGGGCAACAGCGACGGCCGAGGCAGCGACUCCGAGGGCGACUCCCGGAAGCUUCCGGACGUGCGCAAGGACGACAUGCUGGCGCGGCGCACCUCCUACAACGAGCCGCGCGCGGCCGUGCCCUUCAACCAGUACCUGCCCAACAAGAGCAACCAGGGCGCCUACGUGCCCACGCCGCUGCGCAGGAAGAGGCCGGAGUGCGAGGAGGGCCGCAAGAGCUGGAGCAGCGCCACCUCGCCCGUCGGCGCCGAGCGCACUCACAGCCACCCUGAGCCCAUCCAGGAGGAGAGCCUGGCCCCCGAGGGGGAGCUGGACGAGGGGCAGGUGGGUGGUAAGUGCCCGGUCGGCUCCCUGCGGGAGGUGAGGGUGAGGGCAGUGCCACGGGGCAUGGGGCUCCCCAAGACCGUCACGUGGGCGCAGGACGGAGGAGCGGAGGAGGAGCAGGAGAACAGGCCGGAGAUGCAGGAGGAGGAGGAAGAGGAGAUGGAGGAGAGGAUGAGGAAGAUGAAGAGGCUGGAGAAAGCCGGGAUCAAAGUGCUGCCCGCGUCCGUACGCUACGGCAGUCCCAGAGAUGCGGCCGCAGAGAGCGACGGGGUCAAGCCCGCCUCGCCGGACAUCAUCCUCCGGUGCGAGAACGACUUCCUGCGGAACCAGCAGGCGCACGCCUGGGACUCGGACGAGGAGGAAGAGGAGGAGGACGCGGCGGGGGGCGAGAGGAAGGUGCCCGACGUGCGGCGGGACGACCUGGCGUCGCGGCGGGCGCGCAUGAACCGCGGACCCGCCCGAGGUGCCCACCACUUCCUGCCGGGCUCCUGCAGCCGGAGGGACCAGGAGAGGUGGGAGGCCCUCCGCCGCAAGUCCCAGCAGGCCAAAGACGACCUGGCCCGCCGGCGCGCCAAGAGCCGGCCCCAGAGGCACAGGGACCCCCUGCAGCCCCUGCUCCAGACCUCCAUGAGCCAGAGGGACAUGGAGCGGUGGCAGAGGCUGAAGCUCAACACAGAGGCCAGUGAGAAUGAGCCGCAAUCUCCACAAUCUCCUGAGGUGGCCAUCAUAACUCGAAAAGAGAACCCCUUCCUAAGCCCCCAGAGAAGAAGGGAAGGGGAGGAGGAGGAGGAGGAGAGGAAGAAGGGUCAGGGUGCGGAGGAAGAGGAAGAGGGCCGCAGCGAGGCGGUGCCUAACGUGCAGAAGGAUGACCUGGCCAAGAGGAGGGCCCAGAGGGGGCCCCGCCCGCACAGGGAGCCCGUGAACCCAUUGGUCCAGGCGUCCAUCACUCAGGCCGACAUGGAGAAGUGGCAGAGGCUAAAGAUGACCACGGAGGACAGCAGUGACUCCCCGCCAAUAUGUCAGGCCUGCAUUGAGAAAAUCUCCCAGCCUCCCGCUAUCUCCACGACGACGGCGGCCCAGGACGACCUGGCCAGUCGCCGCGCCCGCGGCCCCCGCCGCUCGCCGGGCAGCCGCCAGCAGCGCUUCGUGACGUUCGGUCCGGUGACGGAGAUGGACCAGAGGUGCUGGGAGCGCCUGAGCAUCGCUCGGCCAGGGCAGGGGGGCGACGAGGACGAGGAGGAGGAGGAGGAGGAGGAGGAAGGGGGGAAGGGCGAGAGAGACGAGUCCCAGACACUCCGACGCCUCCUCUCCGCCGCGCCCGUCGCCAUGCCAACCAUUGGGGCGAGCUCUCCGCUCCAAAAAAGGCUGGGCAGCCCUGACACUGCCAGUGACCCCACGGCAGCCUCGAGCGCACACACCUCCGUGCGCGACAUCGGCCGACCUUUGACCUCGGCCGAGCACGAGCAGCUGGACGAUUUGCUGGCGCAGUACGGCCGAAGGGUCCCGGACGAACGAGAAGAGGAGGGGCGAGAAGAAGAAGAGGAGGAGGAGAGACAGCCUGACGUGAGGAAGGACGACAUGCUGGCCCGCCGAACGGCCGCGCAGCAGAAGUCCGGCGGCGUCCAGGCCCACAACCGCUUCCUCCCCAUGCCAGGCGGCGCCAAGGCCCAGCCGCCUCGCGACGCCGCCCAGAACGGACAUGCCCAACGCAGGAUGGUGACCAUCGUGGGGAACCGCCCCAAGCCAGAGGCAGCCACCGAGUACUCAGAGUGGAACAUUAAGACCACCAGGAACUGGAUAGGACAGAGAACAGAGUCUCAGAAACAGGAGCCCAAGGUGUCCACUCCACCGGUCGCCACGGAGAUGCAAAAAGACCUUUACGUCGCCUCAUCGGUCGGCGCAGCUGGCCACAGACAGGGCAGCGUGGACAGAGCGUGCGGCGACGACUGGGACGAAGAAUACGACGACGACGGUCCGCUGCCAGACCCGGAGAAAGACGACAUGCUUGCGCGGAGGACAGGAGCACACCAAAAGGCUGUAGGGGGGACAGGGCAACGCUUUCUCCCUGUUCCAGGCACAGCCCGGUACAAAAGCACCCCUGCUGCCAGUGUGGGUCAGUCCCAGCAGAAGCCCAAGGACAGAUUCAGCCACAGAGCUGCUAGUGCAGCUGAUGAGCCAGAGAGCAUGAGCAUGUUUGACAUGCGCUGUGAGGAGGAGGCCAUCUUGCCGCCGCACAGCCAGUCGCGCCACGAGGACCUGGGCGACAACAAGGAGGACGAGUGGCAGGACGACCUGGCCCGUUGGAAGAACCGGAGGCGAAGUGCGUCUCAGGACCUCAUCAAGAAGGAGAACGAGAGGAAGAUGAUGGAGAAGAUGAUGAAGGAGGAGCACGCAUCUGCACUUCGGAGGAAGAGUAUCAAGACCUACAAGGAGAUUGUGGAAGAGAAGGAGCGUCGCGAGCAGGAGCUGCACGAGGCGUACGACCGGGCCUGCACCCCCGAGGAGAAGGCGGCCGUGCUGCAGCGCUACGCCCUGCGCUUCACCAUCAGCGACGCCAUCCUGGAGCGCCUGCAGAUCCCGCAGCCGCCCGAGAAAGGAGCCCCCCAGCUGCCCUCCGCCGCGACGACCGCCACCGCCACCACCACGGCACCCGCCUCCGACACCGCCACCACCCCCACCGACACCGACACCGCCCGCGCCCCAGCCCCAGUAGCCCCACCCCAGCCCCGGUCGCCCCCGGUCGCUAGCCAGCCCAAGCAGCCUCAGCGGCCACCCUCUCCAGCCAAAUUCACCCCCGGCGGCGCCAAGGCUGCCGUCGAAGACGCCCCCAAACCCAAAGUGCCCUCGCAGCAGCAGACGCGGACGAUGAGCCCCCCCUUCCAGCCCCAGGGCCGGACCCUGACCCCAGAGCAGUCGCCCACCCGCGCCCCUCCCGCGCCGUCCAAACCCGUGCCUCUGUUCACGCCCAAGCCUUACAGCCAGCCCAGGCCCAACCAGACCGGACACAAGCCUGUCAAGUCCCUGCAGACUGAUGGGCUGGUGCGCAUCAAUGGAGAGAUGAACGCCGAAGACAAAAAGGAGAUCACCAGGCUGAGCUCUCCGCCGCCUCCGCUGCCUCCUACAGCCCCGGCAGCCAAUCAGAGCACGGCUGGGACCACACAGGGAGGAGCCACCGUCGCGCCCCCCACGUCUCCCCUGACGAGCGCCAAACCCCCCCAGGAGGAGCGUCAGCCCAGCUCCCCGCAGAGGGACACCACCAAGGCGGGGGAGGAGAGGGAGGAGGAGCAGCGAGCGACUCCCACGUCUCCCUCGCCUCUGGAGAGGAGCCAAGGAGGAGAGCAGGCGUCUGCUGACGUCACCCAGUCUCCACUCAGAGUGUCCGAACAGAAGGACCUCGCUGCUGGAGGGAAGCGGAAUUGCGUGAUCAAGACGACCAUCGUGACAGAACUCACACACACACAGGUCAUUGAUGAAUCAGAUGCAACCACUAGAACAUGGAUGAACAGCUCUGCGAGUUCUGCUCAGUCCCCUGAGGACCAGUCCGUUUCCUACUCCGAGUACAGUAGAACUGACUCAGCACAGAGCAGCACCCUGACCUCAUCUUCCACCACAGUGCCAGAUUCCUCACACUCGUCUGGUAGCUCUAGGUUGCGCUGGGAGUUCUUCGCGACGCCAGAGGGCCUUGAGAACCCCAUGGAGUGUAUUGAGACCCCUAUCUUGAAUCUGGCUAAGAGAGUUGACCAUUGGACAUGGGAUCCCAAUGAGGAGCGCAAACGUCAAGAAAGAUGGCAACAAGAGCAGGAGCGCUUGCUGAAGGAGAAGUACCAGCGCGAGCAGGAGAAGCUGAAGCAGGAGUGGGAGCGAGCCCAGCGGGAGGUGGAGGAGGAGGAGAAGAGGCACCAUGAGGAGGAGAGACGUAUCCUCGAGGAGACGAUGACCCCGCUGACCUCUCGUUCAGGCAGCGGAGGGUUGACCAGUCCAGUGUCCUCCCCGCAACGCACCCAGGACAGCAUCGUCCUGUCACUGUCGGAGCUGGACAGGAAACUGACCCAAGACAAGCAGACAGAAAGUGGAGGACACACAAGCACUCACAAUGGAGUGGCACACACACAGAGUCCCACCCUUCACAGCCCAGCUCAGACAGGGCCACCUACACCAGUGCAACAGAAUGGGAAGGUCCCCUCUCCUCUGGACAACAGCGAGUCAGCCACCCCACAGCUGCAGUUCAUACAGGACGGCUCAUGGAGAAGCUCGCCCGCCGACAGGAAGCCACAGAGUGACGAAUGGAAGAAGACUUCCUCCCUGGACCGCAACUUCAGUUCACCACAAAACUACCCUGCCUCGAUGAGAAGGUCAGGGUCCUAUGAGAACGUUUUAGGGUCAUCCACACCAUCUCCAACAUCACCCGACACCCUGCCCCCCUCCCCUAGCAGAUCUGUGAGUGGGAAGAAGCUGUGUUCGAGCUGUGCUCAGCCCCUGGGCAAAGGCGCAGCCAUGAUUAUCGAGACGCUGGGGCUGUACUUUCACAUACAGUGCUUCAAGUGCGGAAUGUGUAAAGGGCUUCUGGGAGACACCAGCACGGGGACAGACGUCAGGAUUCGUAACGGCCUCCUCAACUGUCAAGAGUGCUACAUCAAAUCACGUGCUGCUGGUCAGCCUACCACGCUGUGAGCCGCAGAGGACCUGAAUGCCACCCGUAGACACACCAACACAGAACCGAACAGAACAGAACAGAGGCUCCGACAAUCUCCACUGAAGCAACCUGGAAUGAGUGGAGUACUCUUAACGCGACAUCUGAGAUUAACUGAUAUACCGAUAAGGAGGGUUUAAAACUACCCCCACGUUACACAUUUCUCUCUUUCUUUACAUCAAGUCUACUCAGUUUUCAGAUACUGGAUAACAUCUCUUUAUUUUUGUACUUGUAAAAUAACUUCCCCCUCCUACACUCUGCUUGACCUGCAUAACACAAUAAUAAGUGCACUGUAGGACGUCAAUAAGAUAAAUAGUCAUUUAACCUGAGUUACACAACGCGCUGGAUAUUUCAAUAUAGUAGUAGUUUCUAAAGGCUGUGGGGUCACGUGGUCUGAAAACUAGAUCUCCUCCUGAUUGAAGUUUCUAUACAAAAGGCCUCCUAGGAUCACAUGCUCACUUUGCACCUUGAUAUAUUAGUAUUAUUAGUAUUUUUUUAUCCAAGGCAUAAGCGAGAGUCUGUCGGUCUGAAGCACACCUUACCGUCUUUCAAUAGUAACUUUCUCUCUGUAUACAGAAUCCUGUCGGAAAGUCUAUAGCCUAUCAAUGCUUUUUAAAUAGGAUCAUGUCUGGUGUCCCUGCAGUUUAACAUGUAUGAUGCCUUAAUCAUUCACAACGUUGCUGAGCUGCAGAGCUUGGUGACUGCAAAGUAUUUUCUUGCAUGAAUUAACCUUCUAAUUGAUUUGAUUAGAGUCUACUUUUUUUCUCCGGAACUGGCGUGUUUUUUUUCCUUUAGAUUGUGUACAUGUUCUUUUUUUCUUUUGGUAAUUGAAAUUUAAUUUGCUUAACAUGUAGGAAAUGGAGCUCACAUGACCAACGUAGAAGGCGCUCCAAACAAUGUUAUCAGGCGAGAGUCAUGUAACAUGUACCCAUACUGCGCCAUUGUUGGUUGUGUGCAUGCAAAACCUUCCCAUUUCAUUUUGUUGCAUUGUUUUUGAUUGAACAGUUCUCAAGUAUUCGCGUAUUGCCCGUUGUUACUCACAGGGCCGUAAACCCAAACAGUCAAACUAACUUAUAUUAUUUGAGAAAACUUUAAAAUGUUUACUAACAGUAACUCAAGUAUUUAUAUUUAAGGUGACUUCACUGCACAUAAAACUACGGAGCAUUCUGCAAGCAUAUCUUGCAUUUUCCACAACUGAAUAAUGAACAGUAGCCAAAAAUAGUACAUUGACUCGCCGUCAGUAGGGAAGACGUGGACAUGCAACAUGGUGCGCAAUAAAGCCUGAAACGGUGCAGCAGCCAUGGGUAUGCCAAUCGAUGCUACUUGACUAACUUCUGGAUAAUUCUGUAAAAAAUCAAGUUGGUAUUUUAAGACUUGUUCAGGCGUUCUCCAUCAUGAUUACUCUGGACACGCACCUGCUAGCAUUCACCAACAUUUGACUGCAUCUGUCCACCAGCAUAAUAUGACAAAGUUCGCUAUCGCAAAUUCACACAACCCAUGUCCAUUGUCGCACCAGUAUCAUAGUGAAGCCAAUACUGUCCAACACUACUAUAUUUGAUUAUUUCAACGCUUUACCAAAGGAUCGUGAGAAGAAAUUCCACAGAAUGACUUACACUCUAAACAACUGAGUUAUGUUAACUUAGAUAUUUUGUUUAGGUUGACUGUGAGUGUUACUAGUGGCAUCUACCUAUGGUAGGAAUGAAGCAUACAUGUCAAAGCACAACCUGAAAACACAUUCCCGAAAUGCUGGUAUUUUGGUGCAUCUAGCAAAAACAUAAAAUAUAACUAUUGAAAACACUAAUUGUUACGUUUGAUUAUUUUAAUGUUAUUGCAAAAGAUCGUGAUACUUUAAGUAAUAGGCUACUCAAAACAGUUGAUUUGCUAUUUUAUUUUUUUGCCGGAGAUAAAUAAUAGAGAGUUACCUUCGUUUUCACUGAUUAGGUUGUCUUAAAUCAUUAUUUCGAGUUGGUUUGACUGCUUGGGUUUACUGUGAGGUAAUGUAUACUUUAUGCGAAUGCAUGGUUGAUGCAAAUAAUAUAUCCUUAUUUAAGUUUAGAAAUACAUUUCAUUCAAACAGUUAAUUAGCUUCCCCUUGUGUACCUUAUGCUCUCGCUGUCCGUUCCUUACGGGGUGAUUUUGCAUCAACGUAUGUGCCUUAUGAACGAAGGUUGCACAGUUUCUGAGAGGUUUGAUUCCAUAGAUUCCAUGAAAAUCCCAAAGAUCAUCUCAGUAACGUGUAAUACAACGAGAUGGUGUGGAUGCCUAACUUAAAUCCGAAUGUCAAACACGAUCGCCUAUCAGAGCAAAAAUUCAAACCAAACCAACUGAUGGAGUAAGUCCUUGGAAAUACACUCUUGCUAAGUUCCAACUAAUUAUCUCUGUUAGGGCAUGUGGUUUUCUAGAAGGACAAACGCACAGAGCACAACGCAUUUCUACAAUGUAAGUCUUCUAUGAAACUGUUAUUAUAGAACAUUAGUCUAUUUCACAAAACCUCAUGUCUACAUUUUCCUGCGUUUUAUGUGAAUAUUUUUUGUGAAACUUGAAGCAUAUCCUUUAAGCGACCCUGCACAGAUAUACGUCUUUCUGCAAGGUUUGAAUGAUAAUAGCUAUGUUAGUAGUUUAGUCCCAUUUUUGGUAAUUGACUGUCCUAUCUAACCGCAAUGUAAACCCUCUGUUGCACUUCUGCAAAGCUUUGUCCCAUUCUAAUAGCGUUGCUGUCAUUGCUUUUCCCUUUAUGCAGUAUUGUUUCCGUUUUGCUUUGUUAAGCAUUUAGAUAAGGAACGAUUUAAACUGGAUUAAAAGGCAAUACAGUGGAGGUGGAGUGGUGCAAAAUCGUGUAAUAUGUUUAAGCUCUGUAUUUAUUGUAAUCGAUAAAGAAAAUUUCAAAACUGAGACGAAUUAGAAGGAACUGCUAUGCAAAGGCUUUUAUAGCAAGUGUAUGUUUGUACAAUAAAACAUUGUAAAUGCA